CGCAAAACGUCAAGGAUGGACAUUCCGGAUGUCUUCCCCACCCCUCGAGAGAGAGAGCUAUGGACCAAGGCCCUCCAGACUCCAGAUCAGGUGACAGAGGCCGAAAAAGUCAUUAUUCUUCGACUGGCAGACGUUGCCACACAGGCUGCCAGUGUUUUCAAAGUUAGCGGGUUAACGCCCGGGGAAUUGCAAAGCAAAGCCCUCACGACUCCCGAGUCGUUGACGGAGGAAGAAUGCCAUUUGAUCUCGAACAGGUAUCACAUUUGGAAUCCGUAUCAGGCGUGUGCAAACAGCAUAAUGCACUGGAGCAACGAGGACCAGACGGCUCACUGGGAAGCCCUUUGCGCAGUUGCAACUCCACGAGAUGAUGCGCUCUCCUUAGCGGUCGGCCUUAGGUCAGACCACUUCGCCGCAGCGAGGAUGAAGAAAUCUAGAGAAGACAUGGCGACGCAUGCUCAAGACAUAGACCGACCCUGUAAGUGGGUGCGAAAGCUCGCCGGUCCGCCAGCACAGGGUGAACCGACUACGAGUUGGGGCUUUGUCAUCUUGAGCGAUAGUUCGAUAGACAGCGGUUGUGACGAUUAUUCUUGGAAUAAAUUCCUCUCGGUCAUGGAGAGUUGUGCAGAGAAAAGUCUGAAGCAAAUGAAUGGCGGCAUGGACAUCAUCCCAACGAAGAAGUUUAUUUUAGCGGAUGGGCAUGUGUCGGAGAAUAAUCCCGAAAUUUUGCGCAGCAAUUUCCAGCAGCGGCGAUUGCAGCAGGAUAUUCUAGAUACUCGCAUUCUAAGCAACACCUUUCUACUCAUUACCCCUGAGGUUGUUACUUCAUGCAUCAACACUUCUACUCCCUGGAUAUGGGCAUACGAUGCGGAUUUUGUCCCUUCGACUGCAACCCCACCUUCAUUAGCGAGUGGCCAAGAACAGGAGCGUUAUCAAGGGCGAUUAAGGGUUAGUUUGUAUUCAUUAUUCACCUGGUUCUAUGCUGUGCGAUCCGAAGGGCUUUAUGGCAUGUCCCGUUUUUGGGAGAAGGCACAGAACCAAGGUCAAAUUUGGAGUGUUGCAACGUCGUUAGGCAGAUAUCACCAUCCGUUUGUCCUGUUAGAGAAAGGUUCAUCAUAUCCUUGGAACGCGUAUGAACUUGAAAAUGGCUCUUGAAGUGUAUUUAUAUUUAACAGUCUGUAGAGCUGUUUCUAGUAGCUAUGAAGCUCUAUCCUCUUUUGUAUAGGAUGGAGGCUAUGAAAUAACUUUAGUG